AGUUUUGCCUGUGCCCCAAACCGAAUCUCGUAAUUCUGCUAUAUUUUCAGUUAAUUGAAUUUAUAUCGUUUCCUCCCCCCCCAAAAUAAAAAAGAAGAAGCUAGAACUCCUAGAAUUGGUGUAGCAAGUUGUAAAUGCAAAAAGAAAUGAAAGCGUAAGAAAGACACAAGCGCAGAUUUUGCGUGGGACAGUAUUAUUGUAUAAACACUGGGCUUCGGGCCGGGGCGUCACUCGUUCCAGCGCCCGACUUUUGCCAGGAAUGGUGUAUCGCAUGCUCCCGUUCAAAACGCUUCCUUCGCGCUUCCGCAUACCCACAGUGAUUUCAUGUGACUUCUUCACUCACCCAUAUCCUGCAGCUUUUUUUUCCACGGGCAUUGUUGGGGAGUCGCCGAUUCUCGUUCGGGAUUUCAUACGGUCUGCAUUGUACGACCCGCAUCAUGGGUACUUCUCUCGAAGGUCAGGCUCUGUUGGAGUGCUUGAGAGGAGCAUCAAGUUCAAUCAGCUUGAAGGCAGGAAAGCUUAUCUUCAACACUUGGACAAUAUCUACAAGAAGAACGACAUUGCAUGGUUCACACCAGUGGAGCUUUUUAAGCCUUGGUAUGCCCAUGGGAUUGCUGAAGCUAUACUGCGUACUACUAACCUUACAGUUCCACUAAAAAUAUACGAAAUUGGUGGAGGAUCAGGAACUUGUGCAAAAGGCAUAAUGGAUUAUAUAAUGCUGAAUGCACCUGCGAGGGUUUACAAUAAUAUGACUUACACCUCUGUUGAAAUUAGUUCCUCACUGGCCGAGAAACAAGUGGAAACUGUUGGAGAAGUUCAUAGCCACUUGUCCAAGUUUAGAGUAGAAUGUCGUGAUGCUGCUGAUAGGAGUGGAUGGGGAGAUGUGGAGCAUCAACCAUGUUGGGUUAUAAUGCUGGAGGUUCUUGAUAAUCUUCCGCACGAUCUGAUCUAUUCAGAAAAUCAAAUUUCUCAAUGGAUGGAAGUAUGGGUGAAGAAUCAAAAUGAUGGGUCAGGGCUCUCUGAAUUUUAUAAACCAUUACAAGAUCCAUUAAUACGGAAUUGUGUUGAAAUUAUGGACUUGGAUAAGUAUCAUGCUAGUCAAGGAAGCAAUGCAAUUUCAAUGGGAAGAAGCAUUUGGUCAAAAGUCUUUCCAAAGUCUCGUAGAUGUUGGUUACCGACAGGCUGUUUGAAACUUCUAGAGGUUUUACAUGGGGUCCUACCAAAGAUGUCUUUAAUAGCUUCAGAUUUCAGUUAUCUACCAGAUGUGAGAGUAGCUGGUGAAAGAGCUCCACUAGUUUCCACCAAGAAAGAUGGCAGCAAUAAAGAUCACGAAACUUAUCUGGAUGCAAAGGGUGAUGCUGAUAUUUUUUUCCCGACUGACUUUUUUCUUUUGGAACACAUUGACCAUUAUUGCUCUGGGUGGUUGAAGCAACAAAAAGAUGAAUCAUCCAAACGAGGGAAAAAGAGACGAACAAUUACACUUGAUUCAUCUUCAUUCAUGGAGGAGUUUGGUCUACCUUCCAAGACGAGAACUAAAGGCGGAUACAAUCCGCUUCUGGAUGACUUCAAGAAUACCAAGUUUUAUCUGAGUGUUCCAACACACAAUACCAAAUAGACAUGGCGUUGUGUUUCAUCAAUUUUGUAGCCUGCUCAAACUCCAGAGAAUUGUGCUGUUGAGAAUAUUGUUGAAGCGGCAUAGCUUGUUGAAUACAUCAGCAGCAGCAUUUGAGAACAGAUGGGUGCACAAAGUUCGACCAAUUUCAAAGGAUUUUUACAUGUAGGCUUGAGCUAACCAAUCUGGUGUGUUGUAAAAUGUCUGAAAAAUAUGCCUGUGCUUUCCCCCUGGAAGGAAACUCAUUUGAGCAAUUCACGAACCAAAUGUACACUCGAGAAGAGUAGUUAGAGAUUUGUAUGCUAUAUAAAUCUUAAUUUGUUGGGUAUGCUUGUCAGCAUACCAUUCGUUUUACUGGAAAUAAAUAAAGUGUGGUAAGUCUGAUUCUUGUGAGUUCA